AUGACGUCAUCAGUUGCUCGAAGCUUGGCCCAUCUCACAAGUCUCUCAAUUAGCGAUUGCCGUGGAAUAAAGGAAAUUAUAUGGAAGCAGGAAGGAGAGGAUGACGACGACGAGGAAGUCGUUUUCAGCAAGUUGCAGUAUUUGGAACUUGAGAAACUGCCAAGAUUGAGGGUGUUUUGCGCCUACAAUUAUACUUUCAGGUUUCCAUUAUUAGAUCAGCUCAUCAUAACAGGAUGUCGAGAAUUCAUGGCAUUCUCUCCGGGGCUCAUUUAUACACCAUCUCUUAAAAGCGUUCAAGUGUCACGUGAUGGCAUAGAAAAACAUCAUGAAAUUUGGGACACCAAUCUUGACAAAACAUUAUACCAACAGAGAUGUGUGGCAUCAAGAAAGAUGGUGUUAGAUGAGCAUGAUGUCAGCAUGAUAAGGAAUGACCAAUUCCCAGCGGACUGUUUUGCUCAAGUGGAAAUUCUGGACAUAGAAGGAUUUAAUGAUGAAGGGGCAACAUUUCCGUAUACAGUGCUUGAAAGAUUUCCGCAGCUGAAUAAACUUCAUGUCAACUGCAAUUCCUUUGAGGAGAUAUUCCCAUCACCCAUUGUUCACCAAAAUCAACUUCUUUAUAAUUUGACAGUGCUGAAAGUGUCCGGAUGUCAUCAGCUCAUCUAUUUAAUGACAAAUUCAGCUGCCAAAAGUUUGGUGAAUCUCGAAGCACUGGACAUAUAUAAUUGCAAAAAGAUGGAGAAAAUUGUAAAAAAUGAGAAUAAUGAAGAUGUAGAAGGUGGAAUCACCUUCAGUGUGUUGAGAAUGUUAAGACUGAGGCUACUACCAAAAUUGAAAGCAGAAGAGCAUAAAACGGAUUUCAACAUUGAAGACCCGGCAACAAAUAAUCAUAAGGUGUCAUUCCCCGGGUUAGAGAUAUUAAGAUUAGACUAUUUAAACAGUUUGAUUCCACCGAUAUGGGAUGACAAACUUUCACACAACUCAUUUAGCAACUUGAAAACAUUGACUGUGAGCCACUGUGGCUUUGUGAAAUUGGUGCCCCUUCAUGUGCUGAAAUCUUUAAACAACUUAGAAGAACUGAAAGUCGAGCGUUCUGACAUGGAGACAGUGUUUGAUUUUGAAGAUUUAAAUGAUCAUAAAGAGAUGGUGUCAUCAUCAGUGAUUGUGCCGUUGAAAAAGUUAAGGCUUGAGCGUUUGCCAAAAUUGAAGAAUGUGUUAAGCAAUAAUGACCGCCAAGGAGAAAUAAACUUGGUUUCUUCACUAGAUGGUUCAUGCCAUCAAAUAGAAGAACUUAUGACGAAACAAAAAAAAGAGGACAAUGAGGACACGGUGAUCAUUUUCAGCAGACUGGAGUUUUUGGAACUUGAUGAAUUACCAAGAUUGAAGAGAUUUUGCAGCCAAAAUUAUACUUUCAAGUUUCCAUUAUUACAAUUUGUAACCAUAACAGGGUGCCCUCAACUCACGACAUUCUGUUCCGGAGCCAUUCAUACCCCGCAGCUUCAAAAUGUUCGAAUGACGAGAGCAUAUGGAGAAUCUAAGAGAGAUAUUUGGAUGACUGAUCUUAAUGCCACCAUCCAACACCGGUUUACUAUUCAAGAGGUAAUUUCCACAACCGAAAGCAUGGCUUUAAAUCCGGAGAAUAUCACAAUGAUAGGGGAUGUCUUUCCUGAAGUGAGAGCUCUUUAUGUAGAAAGCUUCACAGAUAAAGGGGUAACAUUUCCCUAUAGCUUCCUUGAGAGAUUUCCCAAGUUGUAUGAGCUUUAUGUGGAGAACAGUUCCUUUGGGGGGAUAUUCCCCUCACAGGAUGAGAUUCUUGAUUUUAUGGGAAAAAUCCCACCAUUUAAGAGCUUAAACAUUGCCCAUUUGGAUCAACUCAAGAGCAUAUGGAAGGAUGACUCUCAGCUACCACCAAUUCAUCAAGACCUAAUAGGAUGCCUGAAAGUCGAAAGUUGUCAUAGCUUGGUCAAGUUGGCACCAUCCUCUGCUUCAUUUCAAAAUUUGCAUAUUCUGUCUAUAUCUGGAUGUCAUCAACUCGUCUAUUUGGUGACAAGUUCAACUGCCAAAAGCUUGGUGAAUCUUUGGUGGUUGAAGAUAGAUGAUUGCAAAAAGAUGGAGGAAAUUGUAUUGAAUGAGAACAAUGGAGGUGUAGAAGGUGGAAUCACAUUCAACCGAUUGUCGUACAUCUAUCUUGUUGAUAUGCCAAGCUUGAAGAUGUUCUCUUCACAAAAUCAGACAUUUGAAUUCCCUGAAUUAAAAGAUAUAGAAAUAACUAGAUGUCCUGAAAUGAAGGUGUUUUGUCUAGGGUUGUCGGAAACACCAAAGCUAUCUAAAGUGAAAACUGAAGAGUAUGAGAUGGAAUGGAAGGAUGAAAAUGACCUUAACAAAACAAUAGAAAUGCUAUCCGUAGCAAAGGCAGCUAAUCCGAGUGUGGACUACAAAAUCAUUGACUGCAAGAUGAUGAAUAUGGACAGAUAUUUGUGCGGUGAUGCUUUUGUUGAGGUUGAAUUCUCAAUUAUUUGA